AUGUCCAAAGUCGUGCGGAGCGUGAAGAAUGUCACAAAAGGAUACUCCUCAGUGCAGGUUAAGGUCCGAAAUGCCACUAGUAAUGACCCUUGGGGCCCUACCGGCACCGACAUGUCCGAGAUUGCCGCUAUGACUUUCGGGAGUCCGAACGAGUUCUACGAGAUCAUGGACAUGCUUGACAAGCGACUCAACGAUAAGGGCAAGAACUGGCGCCAUGUGCUGAAGUCACUGAAGGUCUUGGACUACUGUCUCCACGAAGGCUCAGAGUUGGUGGUAACGUGGGCCCGGAAAAAUGUCUAUAUUAUCAAGACUUUGCGCGAGUUCACAUAUGUGGACGAGGAAGGAAGGGAUGUUGGCCAGAACGGUAAGUUGUCUCUCUUGAAAACCAGAGGGGUCGCAAAAUUGACAGGUUGGUGUUCCGUAGUUCGCGUCGCAGCAAAGGAAUUGACUGCAUUGGUACUGGAUGAAGAUCGUUUGCGCAGUGAACGGUCGGAUCGCAAACUCUGGAAGACUCGAGUAAGCGGACUAGAUGAAGGCUACGGAAACUCCCCCAUGGAACCCCCGCGCAGAGACCGACGCCGACGCACCGGGGACGACGACUCCGACACCGAAUACCGCUUAGCUAUUGAAGCCAGCAAGGCCGAAGCUGAGGAAGAGCGCAGGCGACGUGCGAAGGAGACAAUGGCAACUCAGGACGACGAGGAUCUUGCCAAGGCCAUCAAGCUUAGCAGGGAAGAGGAAGACCUCCGAAAGCGCGAAUUAGAAGAGAGCAACGCCCAAUCUCUCUUCGACGACACUCCAGCUCAAGUCCAGCCAACCGGCUACAACCAGGGCUACCAACAACAAGGUGCUGUGGACUGGUUCGGCAACCCGAUCAACCCUCAGCAGCCUAUGACAACUGGUUACCUGAACAACCAGUACGCGCAGCCGACAGGAUUCCAGAACCAGGCCACCGGCAUGAAUAACCCUUACGCCAACGGCUAUCAGGCGCAACCCUCGGCCUUUGAUCAGAACCCUUACGGCCAGCAACAAAACAACCUUUUGCAACCUCAGGCCGCUCUCCAACCCCAGCAGACCGCAUUCAACCCUAACAACCCUUACGGAGCGGAUAUCUUCUCGCAGCAGCAGCAGCAGCAACCCCAGGAGAACUAUCAGACCGCAGGAAGCAAUAACCCAUGGGCCGGAAACCAAACUCAGCAGCAACUGCAGCCCGCUGAUGCCCUCAAGCCCAUGCCGACAGGAUCAAACAACCCCUUCGCUCAGCGUACUCAAACACAGUUCAACAACCCUGCGAAAACAGGCCCGCCAACACUCAAUUCCUUGUCGGAGGACCGUGCAACGAAUCAGUUUGCCCAGAACAAUGCGCAGUAUGGCCAAAGCUCGCAGUUCGCCCAACCCACUCAGCCCAACCCGAUCGCUGGCUUCCAAGCCCCACAGCCACCAAAGAGUACCCCGCCACAGGACCCUCACCAUGCUCGUCUCAACGCCCUUCUCGGGUCAGGCGAAGGCCAGGAUACCUUCGGCAAUGUCGGAGACCUCAGAAUCCCAGCACAGCACACAGCACCUGGCACAUUUGUCAAUUCUGCUGGUCAGGGUUUGGAUCGCCUACACGCUACUCCCACCGGAAACCCAUUCUUCAGCCAACAGUUCACAGGCAUGCCGCAGCAGACCGGCUAUGUGCAGCAGCAGCAACAACAACAACCUGCUACUACCAACCCUUGGGGAGGUCAGCAACAGCAACAGCGCGGCGGCGGCAGCCUGAUUGAUCUGUAG